CAUGAUUGCUACUUCUUCAAUCUGUCUAGGGGUAAGGCAGCGAUGACGUGGAAGAGUCUGACGGCUAUGAACGUUAUUACAGCAAUCGUCGAUGGAGUCGAGUAUAGAGUAGCGAUGACGAUCGUGGUGAGGUUUGAUGGCGUGGUCGAAGCCGACGAUGACCUAGUUCUCAACAGCGAUAGCGAGAAUAGCAAGAGCGUCCUAAACAAUGAAGUCGAGUUUGAAGAAGACGAUGGAGAUCAGGUGUCCUCGGCAACGAGGAAAGACGAGGAGGAACAAGGAUGGUCGAAUAGGCGUGGAAAGGAAGAGGAGGAGAAAGAUAGCGGUGCGGGGAAGGAGGAGGACGAGGGAACAGUGAAGUUUCAGAUCGUGUUCAACUGUGAUGUAGAUGAAAGUGACGACGAAAGCUGUGUUGAAGGUGAUGACGAUGGCGAGACUGAAUGCAGUUGCUACUGCGACGGCGAUCAGGAUUUUGACGAUGAGUGUGAUCAUGAUAACGACAAUGAUCCUGAUGAUGACAGCGACAGUGGUUGCGAUGAUGAUUGUGAAUAUGAUUAUUGCAGUGUACAUAAUCGCCAUGAUGAUGAUGAUGAUGAUAAUGAUGAUGAUGAGGAGGAUGAUGAUAAUGAUGGUAACAACGUUGACGAUGGUGAAGGUUGUGGAGGUGAUGCUGUCGGUGAUCAUGGAGAAGGUGGUACUGGCGCAGCAGUUGCUUGCGCGCACGAUCCCGGUUGCAAUGACGGCACGGUCCACCUCAUUGACGUUGCUGACAGCGAGGCCGAUUGUGGUGAGUCUGACGUUCGUCAUUGCAUUCAUAACCGUGACGCCGAUGACUGCAGACAUAUAUGCGAGGCUGACCGUCUUGAUGACGAUGGUUGUGAUUGUGAUAACGACGAUGAUGAUGAUGAUGGAAACCGCUCAUUGCGGGAGGUUAUCGGUGAUCUUUUGCACGAGAUCGAUGGUGAUGAUCAGGCAGGUGAUGAUGGUGGUUCUGCUGCUAAUAAUAGUAGUAGUAGUAACCAUGAGUUCGACGAUGGAGAUGACGAUCGUGGUGCUGUGCACGACAGCGAUCUCCGUGCCAGCAAUGACGGUAAGACGGACAUCGGUGUGGGGGACCGUGAUGACGGUAGGCGUGAGGGUAGCUGUCCUUUCGUCGAGGUUGCCGGGGAUCUUUUGCACGAGCUUGAUGAGGCGAUAGCCAGGGCGAUGAUUGGUGGUAAUGAUAGUGGAGAGGAUGACACGCACUUGAAGGAGCUGCAGAGAGCAAUUUAUGUGAGCUCUCUACCAGCGGAGCUUCGGAGGUUGCUGUCAACUAUGCGCGAGCUGGAUGAGAGGUCUCAAGCAAUACUGAUUCAGCUGCGGGAACAAUGCCGGCAGUGCUUGAACAUGCCGUCUCAGCAGUCGAAGAAGGCGACUCCAGAGCAGGUCGAGGCGAUAGACAAGUUACGAAGAGAAAUCGAAGAUAAUCAAGAGAAGAGCCUCAGCCUGUCUAUGGAAAAGGUUCUCCUAGCAAAACAGGCAAACGAAAUGGUCGAGACUCAUGUGAAACGGCUAGAUGAGGACUUGGCUAAUUUUGAGGAAGAGCUUAAGCAAGGCCCUUCCUUCCAUUCAAGGAGGCACCACGAUGAGGGAAAACUUCCGCUGGAUUCUCCUAUGGUCCUGCUCUCGGGAGAUAAGCGCAAAGGAGAUUUUCGAGCGCCCCCCUUCAAAAGACCUGACAUGAGGGGGGACCGAGAAAGGGAGCGGGAAAUGGAUAUGGAUCAGGCACUUGGAGCUCACAGAAGGAAAGUUCAAGUAGAAGUUGAGGCUGAUCAGCCAGUUGACCCCGACGAGCCCAAGUACUGUGUAUGCCACCAGGUCUCAUUCGGCGAGAUGAUUGCAUGUGACAAUGAAGAUUGCAAAGGAGGGGAAUGGUUCCAUUAUGGGUGUGUUGGCCUCAGCCCAGAAAAUCGGUACAAAGGCCGGUGGUACUGUCCAGAGUGCAAGCAACAGCUUCAGAUGCAGCGGCGUGGUCUUGUAGAUCCUCCAAUCUAAUCUGCUAGCAAGGAGUUGUGCGCCGCUUCCAUCAACCGUAUCGCUCUCGUGCGCCAUUCUAUCACCUAUCUCGCUCGUCACAUCAGAGUCUCAACGCUCUGUUGCCAGAACACCGUGGAAUCUAUGGCUUCACUUGUGCACCUGAGCAUUCGCCAUGGCCUCCUGCAUGUGUCAACCUCCUCCGGGUGUGCUGUUGCCAGUGUGGAGAAUGGCGGCGCGUCAUGCUGGGUGAGAAAAGCAAAUGCUGUCUGCGUCGGUACUGGCAAAUACUGCUGGUCCUUCUGCGAGGCCUCAAUUGCGUGACAUGCAAUGACAGCUCAUUGGCGACGAAGCCAUGGUCGUAUCAGUGGAACAUUGUACAGCCAUCCCUGAGUGAAGAACGUGCCGUAGAGAAGGUUGUUGUUGAAAGGCCGUCCGAAAACAAUACGCUGUUAGACGAUGAACAGUGCCGGUUUGUGCUGAUGCCACCUGUAGUCUCUUAGCAAGUAUCGCGUGCGUAGCACAUCUGUUGGCAGUCCCAAUCAGUGGCUGGCUUGCUAUAGCUUUUGUGGUUGAGAUGCUUUCUACCCAGAGUUGGUGCCGGUUUUGGGGGGCAUGAAAGUAGGUAAGUGCGUGCUGGGUAGAGGAUGGCAUCGUUGUACUACCCCUUCUGUGUUGUUCUGCUCUGUUCCGUUCUCUUGGAAGCAUCUAAUUGAGGAUGGCUGCACCAGCACUGCUUGGUUGUGCUUUUGAAAGUUUGAUUCAUAAGCGCAGAGGUUAUGUUGCCGGAGCAUUUAGGCAGGCAGCCUUUGCCCCCCCCCACCCCCACCCCCUUUUAAGGUGGCAUUUAGGCAGGCAGCCUUUGAUGCAAGUGAUGCGUUCAGCAGGCUAUGGGUUUCCGCUCCGCUACUCUCGCUCGACUCUUGAAAAUUGGCAAGUGGGGCUUCGCUCCACUUACUCUCCGAGUCGAGUGUAUGGAGAGCUGUCUGAACAUGACCUUGAAAGGCACUCCCCAAGCUUGGAGGCUUUCCCACCUGCAAAGGCAUCGCGGUCUUGAAAGGCACACUCCGAGCUUGGAGAGCUUCCCAACUGCGAAGGCGUGGCUAUUUGGAGAGAGUACGCCGCCUCGAGUAUGUGCGGAGAAACGGUGACUUCCCAGUACUCUAGCUACUCACCAAUUUGGAGAGUAUGUGGGUCGGCGACGUCUCUUUUGUGUUUCUGGAGUGUCUGACUGCUCUCCAAGGACUCUGCAAACUUUUGGAGACCGGAGGGCAACGGAGCAAAAAGGCCCUUUGGUUGUGUCCAGAACUAGUUACAUUCCGUCAAUGGAUCAGAUCUGAUACGUCUUUAUUCGUGUUCCUUUCCUUCACGUGUAUCAAUAUAUAUCCUUGUAUAGGCUCCGGCACUGUUGCCCAUGUGCAAUAGUUAUUUCGACGUCGGAUCUCGGUGAGGUGACUUCACUCCGCAGCAUGACUGAUGUGCUUUGGCUUGUUUUUGCCCCGUUGUCCUAUUAUGUCAGUUUGAGUCCUGUUGGUCGGUGUUUGGCUGUAGGGUGGAGAUGUAGUCUCAGCAGAGCUCCAGCCUCUUGUUGGGAAACGCUGCUGCGGUCUGCUGGUGUUGUGGAGGAAUAGGAAAGCUAUGAUAGGGUUUCUCCCCUUGUAUACGACAUCGUUUGACGUCUUAGCAACACGCGCUCUUCCUCCUUUUUUUUUUAUGUCUUCUCCGCUUCUUUUUUUUUUUCUUUUGGUAUCUUGUCUCUCCAGAUGACGGGCCACUUUGUCCCAUCUCCACAUCGCUUGUUCAAUCUGCCUACCUGGCCCUACCAUGCAAAGCUUGUUAGAUUUUUAUUUUAUUUUAUUUUACUUUUCCCCGCAACUAAACUUGUUAGGCCGUAGUUUCCGCUUGUUUGAUAAUUUCGGAGGUUAAUAUUGGCAAUGUGGGUAUUCCUACUCCUUGGAGAAGAAGAUUGUAUGCCGCCUGCGGGUAGGGUAGUCUAUCUGCAGAGAACAUAAAGGGCUCAGGGCUUGAUUAGAACAGAGUUGUGCCGAUCCUGCUUGCUCCGGCCUGCGUUUUUGAAGGCAAGAAUACUCCGCCAGAGGGCACGACCGGUGGGAACCCUCGAGGGUGGAUGCAAUCUUCUUGUUAGCCGGGUGCUGCUCUGCUUGAGCACCAGCUGUUUCGUCCUGCAUGAAGAAAUAAAGGGAAAAGGAAUGG